AUGUUGAAGCGAGGACGCUUCUUUUACGUGGUCAACAAACGCCCCGAGAGGGACGUGGAGGAACAGCGACGACCCGUUUCGCCGCGUGGCACCAGAACCAACCCGCCGGUCCACAGCCCCCCCCCCCCCCCGCCAGACCCCACAGAGGACUCGGACGUCUGCGACUCGGACAACGACGCCACCACUCUGGGGUCUCUGGAGUUCAGCCUGCUGUACGACCAGGAGGACCACGCGCUGCACUGCUGCGUCGCCAGGGCCAAGCACUUGAUCCCUAGAGCACUUGAUCCCACCCUGAACCCGGCGUGGGACGAGACGCUGGUCGACCACGGCGUCACCGCCGACGAGAUGUCGCGCGAGACUCUCCGGCUCUCGGUGAGCGACGAGGACGAGUUCAUCGGAGAGACGCGGGUCGCUCUGAAGAAGCUGAAGUUCGACCAGAAGAAGAGCUUCGGCGUCUGUCUGGAGCGAGCGAUCCCGGUGAAGAAGGCUAUCUGCGGCUCGGUCCGAGGCAUGGCGCUCUACGAGGACGACCGUGUUCUGGGGCAUCUGAUGGUGGGCGUCGUGCGCUGCGCCCACCUGGCGGCGAUGGACUCCAACGGGUACUCCGACCCCUUCGUCAAAAUAUGUCUGAAGCCAGAUAUGGGAAAGAAAGCUAAAAACAAGACCCAGAUCAAGAAGAAGACUCUCAACCCGGAGUUCAACGAGGUUUCAUCUCAACUUUAUUUCUGCACCAACCGAACUUUGGUCAAACACGGCGAGCUGGCCAAGAAAACCCUGGACGUCUCCGUCUGGGACUACGACCUGGGCAAGUCCAACGAUUUCAUCGGAGGCUGCCGGCUGGGCAUCCAGGCCAAAGGGGAGUGUCUGAAGCACAAAGACAAGAAGAUCGAGCGCUGGCACGUCCUGCUGCACGACGACCCCGCCCACUUUGAGGACUGACCCCGCCCCCUCCUUCUCUCUCAUGCAUUUCAUUGGUUCCCCCUCCAGUGACGACAGAAGGAAACUUUUUCCCCGCUUUGUCCCCAAAGGUUCAACGUUCGUCUUCAGGUGACCGACAUGGAUGUUGACCUGUGACCUCUGGGUUUCUUUCUUUUUUUUAACACUAAACUUCAUCCAUUUUUAAAUGAUACCACGUCAUAAACUCACAACACAUUUUGUGAAGGCGGUGACUACCCCCCCCCCCCCCCCCCGCUGCAUCCGCUUCACUCCCGCCAUCCAGCGCCUGUUAAAUAUUAAGUGUGGGAUGUUCGUGCAAGAAUGAUGUGA